AAUUUAUAUGUCAACCAACUGUCAUUAAAUUUUACCAGUAUACCGUCAUUUCUGUAAAAUAGUGCCCGGUGUAUCCUCACGCAAAAAGACGUUAGAGCUUGGAUUGAUACGAUGCUUUUCGGCGACGUCAGUUAACCGACCAGCCGACCGUUCGUCUCCACGUCCGAGGUUCGAAAUUUCGGCGUGAUUUUCGUGAUAAUUCGUGAGUCACCCGUCGUCUUACAACCAUGGCCACAGGCACGACCCUCCAGAAGGCGAUAGAUUUGGUGACGAAAGCGACCGAGGAGGACCGCAACAAGAAUUACGAGGAAGCGCUGCGCCUGUACGAACACGGCGUCGAAUACUUUCUGCACGCGAUCAAGUACGAGGCCCAGGGCGAGAAAGCCAAGGAGAGUAUACGCGCCAAGUGCGUCCAGUACUUGGAACGCGCCGAGAAAAUCAAAGAGUCGUUGAAAAAAGGCAAAAAGAAGCCCGUGUUGGACGGCGGUUCCAAGGAUGAGAAAAAGAGCGACAGCGACGACGACGACGAAGACCCCGAAAAAAAGAAGCUCCAGUCGAAGCUCGAAGGCGCGAUCGUCGUCGAGAAGCCCCACGUCAAGUGGUCGGACGUCGCGGGGCUGGACGCGGCCAAGGAAGCCCUCAAGGAGGCCGUCAUCUUGCCGAUACGUUUCCCGCACCUGUUUAGCGGCAAAAGGGUGCCGUGGAAGGGGAUUCUCUUGUUCGGACCUCCGGGUACCGGCAAGUCAUAUUUGGCGAAAGCCGUCGCGACCGAGGCGAACAACUCGACGUUUUUCUCGGUAUCGUCGUCGGAUUUGGUGUCCAAGUGGCUCGGCGAGUCGGAAAAGCUGGUCCGCAACCUGUUCGAGCUGGCGCGCGCUCACAAACCGAGCAUCAUCUUCAUCGACGAGGUGGACUCGUUGUGCUCGUCCCGGUCCGAUAACGAGUCGGAGUCCGCACGGCGCAUCAAAACCGAGUUCCUCGUGCAGAUGCAGGGCGUCGGGCACGAUACCGAAGGUAUCCUCGUGUUGGGCGCUACCAACAUACCGUGGGUGCUCGACGCCGCUAUCCGCCGACGUUUCGAAAAGCGCAUUUACAUCCCGCUGCCCGAGGAACACGCGCGCGUCACCAUGUUCAAGUUACACCUCGGCAAUACCCGAAACACCUUGUCCGAGGAGGACGUGAAAGAAUUGGGGAGGAGGACCGACGGCUAUUCGGGGGCGGACAUCAGUAUAGUGGUGCGGGACGCCCUCAUGCAACCCGUGCGCAAGGUACAGACCGCGACGCAUUUUAAAAAGGUGCGCGGGCCGAGCCCCAAGAACCCCGAGGUCGUAGUCGACGAUCUGCUGACGCCGUGCUCGCCCGGCGACCCCGGAGCGAUCGAGAUGACGUGGAUGGACGUCGACGGCGAUAAACUCGCGGAACCGCCCGUCACCAUGAACGACAUGUUGAGGUCGCUGGCGACGUCGAAGCCCACCGUCAACGACGAGGAUCUCGUCAAGUUGGAGAAGUUUAAAGAAGACUUUGGCCAGGAGGGCUAGGAGUUAUCAGUCCAACGCAUUUUUUUUUCGUUUCUAUCAUAUAUAUAUAUAUAAAGAGAAAUUGUUACUGUUGAUGGAAGAAGCAGAGAAGGUUAUUUCUUUUGUGUGUACGCGCGGUAGCCGCACGAGCCUUUUUUCUGUUCUAGGUUAACAUAGUUUAUAUUUGUAUUUAAUAAAGAGUUUUAAGUCUUAA